UUGUUAAUUUACAGCACCCUGUGAAGUCAGGACAGACACGUACAGCGAGUCGGCCAUGAUGGAGUCUCUUCAGGCAGCCGUGGUUGUGUUCAGUCUUCUGUCUCUCGGACAGACAGCUCCUGUGAUCAGCUGUGAAAAUAUGACCCAAUCCAUUCAAGUCCAUGAGAGAGAUAAGAUGCUUGGAAGAUGGAACUUUGUGGCGAUGGCCUCAGCUGGGCAAUUAUUUUCGCCACCAUCCAACUGGGUGGAUGUCAAGGCUAUUACUCCGAAUGAUGAAGUCAUCACCACUCAGCACCCAAAAAUGUCCGGCAUUUGCCACAUAAUCAAUAACAACAUAACGGUGAUAAACAACACUUUGUUUUCGGAGCGACCUUUUUCCUACCGUGCCUCACUCCUGCCGACUUCCUGCCCAGAUUGCAUGCUUCUGUACGUCCAGUACACUGGAAGAUUAUCGCACAGGAGUCUGGAGCUUCUAAGUAGGAGAACUGCAGUGAAGGAUGAAGAGGUGGAAGAUUUUAAGAAGCAGGCCGAGUGUUUGAACUUCGGAGUAGUUCAACUCAAGGAUCCCAACACAGAAUUUUGCAAAGGUAAAGAAGGCAAUCUGUGAUCAGGAGGAGAAGGUCUGUGAUCUGGAGGCCAAACUCAAUUGAUCUCGAGUUUCUACAGGAAAUAUCAUGUUAAUUGAUGUCUUCUCGCCAUCCCACAACUCUAGACUGAAAGCAAUGGAAAAGCUGGAUGUCAAGAAAUAGCAUGUCGGGUUUGUAGAAAAUGAAAAUGAGUUCUUCCCUUCAAUAAAAAUGUUGAGCAACAAAGAA